AUACUUAACUAAUCGAUUAAUCAACCAAUCAACUAAUCGACCAUCUGAGGGUCCUCUUUUCAUAAUUUAUACUUCUGUUUCUACUGGUAAACCAGAAGGUGUCAUCCACACUACUGGAGGUUACUUAUUAAAUGCUGCAGCUACUCUUAAAUCUGUUUUUGAUUAUAAUGAAGGUGAUAUUGUUGUUGCCAAGCAUAAGAUUACACAAUUUUAUACCGCACCAACUGCUAUUCAUUUAUUACAUAAAUUUGGCCGUGAAUACGUAGAUCUUCAUGAUCUUUCAAGUUUAAGAGUCAUCGAUACAGCUGGUUGUCGACCGGUUCGGCUACCUCCUUUCUUUGGUAUUGCCCUUGCAAUACUGAAUCCGGAUACCGGUGAAGAGAUAGAAACAACCGAAGCAGAAGGUGUUUUGGCCAUACGCCAACCUUGGCCAUCAAUGGCACGCACUAUUUACAAUAAUCACAAUCAAUAUCUUGAUACUUAUAUGAGACUCUAUAAAGGUUAUUACUUUACAGGUAAUGGUGCUGGCCGAGAUCAUGAUGGAUAUUAUUGGAUUCGUGGACGUGUGGAUGAUGUUAUUAAUAUAUCGGCUUUUGCUUUUGUUACUUUGAAACCAAAUAGUGAUUAUAUUAAUGUAAAAUAUUUAAUCUUGCAAGUACGUAAAUCUAUUGGCCCUUUGUUGCACCAGAAAAGGUUUCUACCAAAGACUAGAAGUGAAAAAAUAAUGAGAAGUAUUUUGUUAAAAAUUGUGGAAGGUCAAACUGACUCCUUAGAUGACUUAAGUACUUUAGAUAUAGUUGAUACAUUGAUCGAAGAAGUUAAAAACUU